GCUGGUCGAAUCGGCUCGUUUCUACAACAGAAAAUUGUCGCCGAGAUGACACAAACAGUUCAGACCAAUGGGGUCCAACCUCUCAGCAAGACCUGGGAGUUGAGCCUCUAUGAACUACAGAGAACUCCACAGGAGGCUAUAACAGAUGGGCUAGAGAUAGCGGUAUCACCCAGGUCCCUUCACAGUGAACUCAUGUGUCCUAUUUGUCUGGACAUGUUGAAGAACACCAUGACAACCAAAGAAUGUUUGCAUCGCUUCUGUGCCGAUUGUAUCAUCACCGCCUUGAGAUCUGGUAACAAGGAGUGUCCUACCUGUCGUAAGAAGCUGGUGUCUAAGAGAUCGCUGCGUCCAGACCCGAAUUUUGAUGCUCUGAUUAGUAAGAUCUACCCCAGCCGUGAUGAGUAUGAGGCUCAUCAGGAGAGAGUGUUGGCCCGGAUCAGCAAACACAACAACCAGCAAGCCUUGUCUCACAGCAUAGAAGAAGGUUUAAAAAUACAGGCAAUGACCAGACUACAGCGCGGUAAGAAACACACAGUGGAGAAUGGUAGCGGAGCAGAGGACAAUGGGGACUCCUCUCACUGCAGCAAUGCCUCGAUCCACAGCAAUCAGGAGGCAGGGCCAAGCAUCAAGCGUACCAAAACCAGCGAUGACAGCGGCUUGGAUAUGGACAACGCAGCUGAGAAUGGGGGAGGGGACUCUGUUAUUGAUGGUGGUGCCAGUGAAAUCGAACUGGUGUUCAGGCCACAUCCCACUCUGAUGGAGAAGGAUGAUGCUCACAACAGUGUGGAGUUUGUCCCUCGCUACAUAAAGACAUCUGGUAAUGCUACAGUUGACCACCUGUCAAAGUAUCUGGCUGUUCGACUGGCUCUCGAGGAGCUGAGAAGAAAUGCAGAGGCCAGUCCUGUUAAUGUAGAAGCAGCCUCAGAGAAACAGUAUACCAUCUACAUACCAACUGCUGGAAACCAGUUCACUGUUCUGAACGGAUCGUUCUCUCUUGAGCUGGUCAGUGAGAAGUACUGGAAGGUAAACAAACCCAUGGAGCUCUACUUUGCCCCUACUAAAGAACACAAGUAGACACACACAAGCACAAACACAAUGCAUACAUACACACUCGGACACAUGCACACAUCAUCAUCAAGAAGUAAGAGAUGGGACUUCUACAACAACUACACCUAUGCACACACAACAAGAGCAGAAGAAAUGGGUGCGUCAGAAGGAGGGGAUGAGGAUAGGGGUCCAAGGACCCCUGAAAUGGACUUGUGUAAAAAGGAAAAAAGCUUCUUUUUUUUUUUUUUUUUUUUCUGUAUCUUUCUCUUGUCUCUCUUGAUCUUGCUUACUGAAGUAGAAGGUAGUAGAUCAUAACAGUAGCCACAGAUUACAGGCCAUAAUCUGAAUUUGGGUUGUCGCUCAAAGAAUCAAUUUGCGCUUGAUUCGAUGACAUGCAAAAUUUGUGAGAUAAAAUGUAUUGCAAUUUUUCUUAGGGAUAAUCUUGCGUAAUCAUACACAAUCAAAUGAUGAAAACUGAUUUACGUAUCGGUUCAGUGAUUGAAGCAGCUACCUGUUGACCGUCUGGCUCACACCUAUUCCCUUGCCCCAAAAGAAUUGCCAUGAGAGCUCAGACAUACCGCUGGGCUUUGUCUCUAUGAAGGGCUUUGGCUUCUGUUCACAUUGCUAGGACAAAUAGCAGGUACAUGCCAUGGUUUUAAAGUGCAGACAGGGAUUUGAACAGAAACUAGUGACUUGUAUCUCAGCACAACCAUGACCCAGACGUCACCAGAGAAACCUGGAUUGAUAAUAGCUGAUCUAUGAGCUGCUGUUUUGAGCUGUUACCCCGUAGAAACAGACAAACCUCUUCUCUAAUGUCUGUGGCUGCUCUAUAUGGCUUGUCCUUUUCUAUAUGUAUUUUGUAACAAGUAGGGUUGGGGAGGGGGGUGGAGGAGAAGGAGAGUCUGUUUGCUUGUGUGUGCAGGGGUGGGGGGGGAUCUCAGAGUCAUAAAUAGACAGUUUAGCUUACAGUUCUUCAUGUUGGCGCCACAGUUUUUACUCCAUUGCCAGUGGAAGUUGAAUGUUGAGAAUCGUUCCAAGUUAAUGUGGAGGGGAUUCCGUGAGACUUUUUCGUUCACCACCUCUUAGUUGUAGAUGCAGGGCAGUGACAUGGUGCCGAUAGCACAACCUAAGCAAACUGUCUAUUAAUGGCUCUAUUGUUUUGAACAGACAGUACUACAGCAGUCAGUGUAUGAAGGUUAAUUUGUUUUUUGUUAUUUUGUUUAUCUGUACGUUGACAGACAGACGUUGUGGGUUUUUGGCUGAAUGUGUGAAUACAGGUUGUGUCAUACGCUAUACGGCGCCUUCACUGUGACUGACUUUGUGUGUGGUAUAUCUUCAUACCAAUCCUGUGGGAUCUUGGGCUGUGUUCACACUGUCUGCUUUUCUUUUUGAGAAGAGAAAAAAUAUAUAUAAUCUGCCUCAAUUUACAUUUGCUGACGUAUAAACAAAGUUGUGUCCAAAACAGUUGGCUGCAGUAGCAGCCAUUGUCAGCAAAUGAUGGUUAGCUUCAAGUCUCAAAAACUUACCAGAAGUUCCCAAAAAUACAGCCAGUGUGUAUUCCUACUGAAUCUUUAUCAUCAGGACCUUGAGAAACAACCAGCUACUACCACCAACUUUUCUACCAGUACUUUUCUCAAUAUUAGUUCUCGUUGUUGUCGUUAGUCUGUCAGUCACCUAUAUUGCACUAAAAUCCCACUUGUUCUUUAUUUGGAGAGGAAGCCUCCUAAAAGGAAAACAGGCAUGAAAAGUUGAGCCCUUCUUCAUUUCGAAAAGUUCUCCACUUCAGUUAAAACUAUCUUGGGUGAGGGGCCUCUUUGCUCUUCCACUGUGGCUUCCUGCUGUUUGCUGCUCAGAUCCUCCCUAGUGGCUCUCAUGACUGAUAAAAAGUACCAGCAGUUUAGAAAUAAAGGAAUGUUGUAAACACAGCCUUAAUGUCUCACAACAAUAGAAAAACUAGAGAGGUGGUCACUUGGGCUGAUUUGUGAGAGAUGCCAAACAUGUAUAUAAAAUACAUUUGUCAUUUUUUUGAAAACUUUAAAAUUUGAUAAAAGUCUCUCAUCCAGGGACCAAGUUCUAUUAGAAAAAAAGGCAAUUGCUGUCUUAUGUGCAGACCCACCAGAAAGAGGCUUUGCAGUUGAGACCCUGUGUUAAUUCUUGAAUAUCCUACAAUUUGUAUUGAUUCAGUGGUUUUGCUCAGUCCCAGAGUUAUUUUACCAUGUCAGCAAGGUACAACUUCUUUUUUUUCUUUUCACAAGACAUCGAUGAUACUUCAGGGGAUUCUUAUUACCACAUCACAACGUUUUGCAGCUUUUGGGUGCAGACAUGGUAACCAUAAAAAGCAGUGAAAACACAGCCUCGUUCCUAUCACUAGUUUUCUGUUUGUGUGAUUAGUCUGUCUGGACUCUGUAAAUCGCAUCAUUCUCUUUGGACAAUAAACCUGAAUCUGUGUUCAA